CCACACACGUACACUCCGCUCAAGAGAAAGCCCAAGCCAACCGGACCGGCGGACCCUCUCUGACCGAGGCAGUCCCCCCACCUCCCCCCCCCCCCCCCUCACGCUUCACGAAGCCGGCGUGUCCGCAGCGAUGUUUUCCAGGACUUCGUCGCCGGGCUCGGGGACCAGCGGCCAGGACCGGUGCGGCGGCGGCGCCGACAUGACGGGCGAAAACGUCGAGCGCGACUUCCACGAGGGCAUCCAGGAGGGCAAGGAGCAGAUCAAGGACCUGAACGACCGCUUCGCCAAGUACAUCAACAACACGGUGAUGAGCCUCCAGCGCAAGAACAAGGAGCUGCUGGGCGAGCUGAAGCGGGUGGAGCGCGAGGAGUUCGGCGCCGUGGAGAAGGUCUUCCAGAAGGACAACCAGGACUUCCAGUGCAGGAUGGACGAGCUCCAGAACGAGCUGGUGCUGUUCAGGCUGGACUUGGACAAGAUCAAAGCCCGGCUGGAUAAAGAGAUCCAGCAAAAGAGGGAGUACGAGAAGGACUUCCAGGACCUCAAGAAGAAGUACGACGACGCCCUGGUUCUCCUGGAGAGGCUCCAGUGCCAGUGCAAGCUCCUGGAAGCCCAGUUGGCGCAGCUGAAGAUCGUCCGGGAUCAGGAGCGCAUCUACUGGCAGCAGAAGAUCGACAACCUGCAGAACCUGGAUCAGGUGGACACCAACACGCUGGACCUGGAGCAGGCGCUGAGGAACAUGCGCAGCGAAUACGAGCAGUUGGCCAAGAGGAACAAGGAAGAACUGGAGCGAUACAAGCAGAAGUUUGAGGAGAGUAGCAACCCGCUGCAGAGGAUCAAGAAGGAGACCGAGGCGUACCGCAUUGCCCUGACCGAUUUGAGAAUCCGGGAUGAAUUGCACAAGAGCCAACUGCAAGAGAAGGAGCGAGAGAUCAAUAGGAUCAAGGAAUACAAUAAAACGCUGGAGAAGAAUGUUGAGGUUCACGCCACCGAGUAUCAGACUCUGCUCAACGUUAAGAAUGGGCUUGAGCACGAGCUUUCUGGUUACAAGAGUCUCUUGAAUCAAGUGGAAAAGAAGUCGAGGGACUAUUCCUCGCCACCUUGCAUAACCGCAGCUCCAAAACCUGCAGAAGAUAUCAACAAGAUGUGGGCUUAGCGCAUUUAGCAUACUCACUGUUAGAACACAUGGAACUUGCUUUUUCAUAUUAUUUUCUGACCAUUGUAAAGCGUAACAAACAAAACUUGAGUUUGAUUAAUAUAUUGAUAACUGCUGAAUCUGUUAUCAGCUACAGGAAAUUGGUUUUAGUCUUCGAUGUUUGUUUCAAUUAUUUGUGCUCAUUAGAUAUACAUUCAGAGAGGUGUUUUCCUCAUUUCCAGCAAUUCCUUGUGUGCCGUUUUGUAAUGUGGAGCAUCGGCUAAAACCCAAAAUGUGUUUGUUCAAAACAGCCCAACUGUAGUCAUGCUACAGAUGAAUAGAAUUAAUCGUUUUGGGUGUUGUAAAAGCCAUAUACUUUGGUCACAUAUAUGGUUGGUGCAGUACUGGUAUUAAUGAGAUAAAAGUAGCUUUUGUGACUAUAACUGCAUCAAAUUGGUUGGUGUCAGUGACUCUUUCAUUUUCCUUGAAUAUUUAACUUGAUCACACUUUUUUUGAAAAUCAGAGGUCCAUAAUGUGGUUUGCAGUUAAGACAAAUGAGCAAUAUUACUAUUUUAGGUUUCCAUGUAUCCUUUUCAUUCAAACUAGUGUUAACUUUAAUAACUUAACUAUUAUUAAAUGUACGUAACAAACAUUAACUAUGCUUUCUAUUUUUUCUGAUUAAAACAAAUCUGAAAAUA